AUGAGCUCCGACUUCCACAACUCCUCCUCCUCCCUUGAGCCAUUCCCUCUGUUCAUCGACUCGGCCCCUCCCAACUCGGCCAACUACUUCUCCUCCCCAAUGGCCAUGGCCGCGAUCCAACUUUUGGCCACCUCCUCCAGCCCACACGAGUCUCACGACGCCUCCUCUUAUCUCCGGAAACCCCGGGUUUCCGUGCCCGCCAAAGUGUCGAAUUAUCUGCGACUGCGGUACUAUCGGUAUGAAGUGACCUUUGGGCUGUAUGUGAUGACGCCGACGGAGAAGGUUGUCUUCAAUUCGAUCGUCCUCUGCGCCUUUUGCGCCCUACUGUACGCCCUCUUCUACGGCAUCGAGCCCUUUGUCGUCAACAGCUUUUGCCGAGUGCUAUACUACGCCACGGGCUCCACGUCUGAUGCGCCCCGGCUAUGUUCAUGA